CAACCAUUUCUUUCCUGCCCAGGAUUCGAGCCCGGAAUUCUUGACUGUGCGUUGAGAACGAACCCGACUGUACUACCGGAACCCUAAUGCUCGACUCCCAGUUCAUUCUUGUGCGGAUGCCUGAGCUCUGCUCCUACGGGUCAUCGAUUUUGGUUAAGAAAUGGGUUUGGAUGGGCGGAGCCGUCACAAAGAGCUCAACACCCUGACUUGCCUGGUCAUGGGGCUCACAGGAUGGAGGACCACUGUCGAACUGCACAAUGAUGCAUUUGUCUCAGGGUUGAUUACUGAAGUUGAUGUGAAAAUGAAUAUGGAAAUAGCAAAUGCUAGAUAUACCGAUGUAAAUGGGAAAAGUAUAUUGUUAGAAAAUUUUCAUGUUAUGGGCAGAAAGAUUCGCUAUGUGCACAUACCUGAUAAGAUUGACAUUAUGGAGUUAAUCAAGAAGAGAGUCACAUUUUCAGCUCCUCGUCAGAAGAUGAGGUUAAAAGGUCUUAUUGCUGAAAAGAGAACAGAGCAGACCUUAAAAAGAUAUAGAAGAGAACAUGGGAUGCAAUGUACAAAGCAAGAUGAUGAAGAUAAGGCUGGACCAUCACAAGAUCCUCUUGAAUAAAUUUGCUCUCCUUAUGUACCUUAAGAAACUUUGAUUUUGCCUUCCGUCACCAAUUUUCCAGUAAGACCUUCAAGUUUAUUUUUGAGCUAUUUAAGAGUGGUCAUGCACAAAAACAUCUGAGAAUUGAAAGUGUAAUUUAGGCUGUAUAUGAUACAGUAUUCUGGUUGUCAAAAUAUUAAUUUAAAAAUUGCAAAUUCAGUACAUUCAGGAGGCAGGAAAGAUCUUCAAAGAAGAAAUGUGAUCAAAGCCAAACUUAGAUUUGAAAGAACUACUGUAUUUGUCAGCAUAAAAGAUGCACUCUCACAUAAGAUGCAUCCCUAUUUUACAAGGAUAUUUUGUGGAAAAAACUAUUUUAGUAUGUUUAAUCAUACAUUUAUUGAAAGAUA